GAGUUGCGUUUGGCGAUCUAGCAGCCCGUAGCCCCUAUUUAUAGCUUCUCCUUUCCGUCUUCUCAGCACCUUCCGCUUUUCGAUUUCUUCGCGUUUUCCUCGAAAGGCGGAAACCCUACUCCUCGGACAAAUCGCAGCGAAAAUCAACGCAAACCCUACUGAUUUGGGCGGAGGAGAAAUGGCGACCGUGUGCAGCUUGCACGUCGCCCGAAUCCGUUGCUCCGGGGUUCUCUCCGCGAGCUCCGAACCGGAGGGCGGUGCUUCGAGGCAGAGGGAGAUUCGAGCGCGUGGGAAUAGUUCCGAGGGAUUCGGAUUUUAUGGUAAGAGGAAGUUUCGAGGGUUUCGUUUCGUGUCCGGAAGAGGGAAGAGUGUGGUUGUUGACGCGAGCCCUCCGACGGAGGAUGCCGUGGUCAUAACGGAGCCGCUGACAAAGGACGAUCUCGUGAGGUAUCUCGCUUCGGGUUGCAAGCCCAAGGAGAAAUGGAGAAUUGGUACUGAACAUGAAAAGUUUGGUUUUGAAGUUGAAACUUUGCGCCCAAUGAAUUAUGAGCAGAUUGCAGACUUGCUAAAUGGUUUGGCAGAGAGGUUUGAUUGGGAUAAAGUCAUGGAAGAGAAUUACAUUAUUGGUCUCAAACAGGACAAACAAAGUAUUUCUUUGGAGCCUGGUGGUCAAUUUGAGCUUAGUGGUGCGCCACUUGAAACGCUACAUCAAACUUGUGCUGAGGUUAAUUCACACCUCUAUCAGGUGAAAGCAGUGGCUGAGGAAAUGGGAAUUGGAUUUUUAGGAAUUGGAUUUCAGCCAAAGUGGAGGCUCAGUGACAUUCCUAUAAUGCCCAAGGGAAGGUAUGAGAUUAUGAGGAACUACAUGCCAAAAGUUGGUUCUCUUGGACUUGACAUGAUGUUCCGGACUUGUACAGUUCAGGUUAAUCUUGACUUCAGUUCUGAAUCAGACAUGAUAAGGAAGUUCCGUGCUGGUCUUGCUUUGCAACCUAUUGCAACAGCAAUAUUUGCUAACUCGCCUUUCAUUGAAGGAAAGCCCAAUGGUUAUUUGAGCAUGAGAAGCCAAAUAUGGACUGACACUGACAAUAACCGAACUGGAAUGUUGCCUUUUGUUUUUGAUGAUUCUUUUGGAUUUGAACAAUAUGUUGACUAUGCUCUGGAUGUUCCUAUGUACUUUGUCUACCGGAAUAAGAAAUAUGUCAAUUGUAGUGGGAUGUCCUUCAAGGACUUCAUGCAAGGAAAACUUCCUUCACUUCCAGGAGUGCUUCCAACACUGAAUGAUUGGGAGAAUCACCUAACAACUAUAUUCCCUGAGGUCAGAUUAAAAAGAUACUUGGAAAUGAGGGGCGCUGAUGGUGGUCCUUGGAGGAGACUAUGUGCCUUGCCUGCCUUUUGGGUAGGCUUGCUGUAUGAUGAAGUUGCCUUACAAAAUGUUUUGGAUCUGACCUUUGAUUGGACUCAGGAGGAAAGAGAGAUGCUACGUAAACAGGUUCCUGUGACUGGUUUGAAGACUCCAUUCCGAGAUGGAACACUAAGACACGUGGCUGAACAAGUUCUGAAGUUGGCUAAGGAUGGACUCCAAAGAAGAGGAUAUAAAGAAGUUGGCUUUUUAAAAGAAGUCACUGAGAUUGUUGGGACAGGCAUAACUCCAGCCGAGAAGCUUCUCGAGUUAUACCAUGGAAAAUGGGGACGAAGUGUUGAUCCAGUUUUUGAUGAGUUGCUGUACUAACCAGCAAAUCUGAUACCAAGUGCAUACAUGUAACAACAGUGGUUACCUUCCUGAUUCAGCCAAAGCACCCGUUCUAUGACCUUGUGCAUUCUGUCCACUGGCAGAAUAACUGGCAGAAUAAAGGCAAUGCUUGAGGUUGAUAUACAGCUCAACUUCGCUUGCUGCGAACGAACUACAACUGUAUCCUUAAGUGAUUUCUUUUUAGCGAACUCUGAUGGAAGGUGCUAUAGUCCUGUGUAAUCUUUUGUGGCAAACUUUGAACUUGAAAUAAGUGUAUCAUAUACUCGUUUUUUUCCCUCUUUC